AUGUCUGCCCCAAGACUCCCUAAAUUGGCUUCUACUUCAGAGCCCUGGGGUCCUCCUUCUGAGGUCCCUACUAGCCUUCGUUUUAAUAAUGUUCCCUACGCUCCUUACAGCAAGGGAGACAAAUUAGGUAAAGCUGCCGACUGGGCCUUUGAUGCUGGUAAAGACGGUAAAGACCAAAAGAGACAACAAUAUGGUCGUGGUUUCAGAGAUCCUUAUCAUGCUUAUGGAUCCAACUUUACUUCAUUCUUUACCAACGAGGAAGAUGAAGGAAUCACCAGUUUCUCUGUGGUUGAUUCUGCUGCUAAGGCCGCUCCUAAGAAUGCUGGUGGCCGUGGUGGAUCACAACACACCAUUUUGAAGAGCCGUCGUGGUGGUGCUGGUGCCGCCGGUGGCAGAGGCGGAAGUUUCCAAAGUCAACGUGGACACCACCAAGGCCAAGGUCGUGGUGGCCAAGGUGGUGGUCGUGGUCAAGGUUUCAAGCGCCCUGGCUGGAGAGAUUAUGAUAAGCCACAGAAGGUCCGUGAUGCCAGUGUUAACAUCACUGAGGGCUGGUCUCUUAUUCAAUCAAUUGGAUUUAAUGAAUUCCAAAAACUGUCUUUUGAUGUCAGACAAGGAGAAAGUAUUGACUCAUACGGUUCUGUCCACUAUUACAACAACAAGACUUUGGAUAAGCCAAGUGUGAACGCCAAGCUCGAGCCUUUAGAUCGUAUUGUAUACAAUAUCUCCACAUCAGAUGAUCCUGUUAUUCAAGAGUUGUCGGCCAAGGAUGCUGGAACCGUUUUUGCUACUGACUCCAUUAUCUCUCUCCUUAUGUGUGUUACCAAGACCGUUAACCCUUGGGAUAUCAUCAUUACCAAAAAGAAUGGUAAGGUCUACCUUGAUAAGAGGGAAGGUGGUCCUCUGGACUUGGUGUCUGUUGAUGAGAAUGCUGCAGAUGCCCCAGCUGAUGCUACUGACAGCAAGGAUACCCUCAACAACGCCACUGCUUUAGCUUAUGAGGCUACUUAUAUCAACCAAAACUUCAAUGCUAAUGCUGUCAUUGAAUCUAGCGAGACUUACGACUUUGGUAAGCCCAAUCCUUUCUACAGCGAAGAAGAUCAAAAGCAAUCUGAACCUUUGUUGGCUCACGGAUAUGACUAUAAGAAGUUCAACCUUGCCAACAAUGUUGAAGAAGAACCUAUCAACCUUGUCAUUCGUACUGAAAUUGAUGCCGCUCAAAAGAACCUGAACGGAUCUGUUUCUCUUGUCACUGUCAAGGCUCUUAAUGAGUAUGGUGGUUCGACUGGUGCUCUCGAGUGGAAGAACCGUUUUGUUAAUGCUCGUGGUGCCAUUGUUGCUGCUGAGAUGAAGAACAACUUGUGCAAGAUUUCUAGAUGGACUGUUCAAAGUAUCCUUGCUGGUGCCAAUUUGAUGAAGAUCGGUUUCGUUUCUCGUGUCAAUCCUAAGGAUAACACUCAACACACUAUCAUUGGUGUCAUUGGUCAGGAACCUGCACAAUUAUCUAACCAAAUUAACUUGAACCUUAACAACGGUUGGGGUAUUGUCAAGUCGGUUGUCAACAUUUGUUCCGAAUUGGACGAAGGCAAGUAUGUCCUUCUCAGGGAUCCUAACAACCCAGCUGUCAAGCUUUACAAGGUUCCUUCAAAUGCAUUUGAGGAGUAG